GCGCCCGGAGGUGGCGGACGAGGCGCCGGGGGCCCCCAUGGGCGGGUGUGUGGGCGCCCAGCACGACUCCUCGGGCAGCCUCAACGAGAACUCGGAGGGCACCGGAGUUGCUUUAGGUCGUAACCAGCCUUUGAAAAAGGAGAAACCUAAAUGGAAAAGCGAUUACCCCAUGACAGAUGGACAGCUGCGCAGCAAGAGAGAUGAAUUUUGGGAUACCGCACCAGCUUUUGAAGGCCGUAAAGAGAUUUGGGAUGCCUUGAAGGCUGCAGCACAUGCUUUCGAAAGCAACGAUCACGAACUGGCACAAGCAAUCAUUGAUGGUGCAAACAUAACGUUACCGCAUGGUGCACUUACAGAGUGCUAUGAUGAACUGGGGAACAGAUACCAGCUCCCAGUCUAUUGCUUGGCACCACCAAUCAACAUGAUAGAGGAGAAGAGCGGCACAGAGACUCUGGAUAUUCCUGAGCCACCGCCCAACUCUGGGUAUGAAUCUCAGCUCCGUUUGCGCCUCUCCACUGGCAAAGACCUCAAACUUGUGGUCCGCAGCACAGACACAGUGUACCACAUGAAGAGACGGCUGCAUGCUGCGGAAGGAGUGGAACCAGCCAGUCAGCGGUGGUUCUUUUCUGGCAGACCUCUCACCGACAAAAUGAAAUUGGAAGAGCUGAAGAUCCCAAAGGACUAUGUCGUACAGGUUAUAAUGAGCCAACCUCUGCAGAACCCAACACCAGUUGAGAACUGACCUAGUCCUGUUGGCUGUCCCCAAAGCCUUCAUGCCGCUUUUUAUUGUUAUCAUUUCCUACUCUAUGGCGUGAAAUCUAUUUUCACUGCUCUGAAUUCCAUAUGAAUGGAUUUAGUUCUGAGGAAUUACCAGUGAAAAAUUCCAUCUGUGAUGGAGACCAACAAAAGUAACUAAUAAAACACAAAGAGCCAGCCUUUGAGACUCAUGUAAUUACAAUUUCUAAUUCAAGAGGCAGUUAAGAAAUAGAUAACCUUUUAUUUUAAAAUACCCAACAACUAUGUAAUGUCUGUAUUUAAAUGAUUUGGACUGUAACUAGAAGAUUGCACCCAUGAAGAACAGCACCAAGCACCUAU